CACAAAUAUCUGAGAAUAGUUGAUGUCAACAUUCUCUCUCGGCUUCACAUUAAGUUUCGGAGACACUUUCUAGAACUCUAAAAGUCGGACCCUUUCGGGGUCUUUCGACGUUCAUUUUAGCGUCCCGGGACCCUUGAAACCAAGACUCAGAUGGUGGGGUAAGAAGAUCUUACAAAAGCUUCAUUGCCCCGCCAGCGCCUUUGCCAUGACUUGACUUGACAUUGAAGAUUUUUCUCUGCUGAACUCUACACAGUCCAGUACCCUCGAUAAAAAGAAACCUGGGCACUGCUCUCCUUUUCAAUUACAUUCCAUCACAGCAAUCAUGCCUUCUGCCCAAGAAGGCGUCAUCGUCCGCCACGCCGUCCGCGAAGACGUACCCACCAUCCUCCAAUUAAUCCAAGAACUGGCCGACUACGAAAAAGAAUCCGCAGCCGUCCUCGCAACACACGAAUCCCUCUCCAACACCAUCGCCUUCGCGCCCUCCGGCCUCGUCUCCCCGUCAAACACCACUCAAUCCACAGGAGACGCCAUAUCCGCCUCUCGGCCCGCACGAUGUCUGUUGUUAUUUACGCCUAGCGGGGAGGCGGCUGGGAUGGCGUUGUAUUUCUAUAAUUACAGCACGUGGAGGGCGAAGCCGGGAAUCUAUCUAGAGGAUUUGUUUGUGAAAGAGAAGUUGAGGGGCAAGGGGUAUGGGUGGAGGUUACUGGGGGAGUUGGCUAAGGAGGUGGUGGCUAUGGAUGGGGGGAGGUUGGAGUGGAGUGUUUUGACGUGGAAUACGCCGAGUAUACAGUUCUAUGAGAAGAUUGGGGCGAAGGCUAUGACGGACUGGCAGACUAUGAGGGUUGAUGGGGAGGCGCUAGUGGGGUUGGCUAAGAAUGCUCCUUCGUAGACAAAAAGUGGUGGAAUAGAUGGUAGACAAAAUGCAUUGGGUGGUAUAUUUGCUUGCUGAAAGGGGUAUCAUAAUUCCAGUCUGUUCUCUCCUUCGAGUUCUUCCAGUUUUGCACGCUCUCUCUUCUUGAGAGUGUUGUUUUGUCUUCUAGUAAGGGGUCUUGCGCUGUCAUCUACGCCGUUGAGCCCUUCAAAAAGCUCCAGAUGUUGUGCUGAGGGCUUCGAUACCACU